AAAACCUUUCAGCAUACUAGAAAGUAUGCGUUGACUUCAAAAGUCUUUCUGUUAAGCCACAAUCCUUUUUUGUUAUUAUAAAGAAUCCUAAUUUGUUGUUCUUGCCACAAAAUAUUCUAUGGCUAUAGAGGUCCUGUUGUUUUUCAGCUUUUUAACAAUUUCCCUGCAUUGUGUAGCUGCACAACAGACUAAUAACGGUUCUGUAUCUGUUGGUGCAUCACUCACAGCUGCACCCGACGCUAAACCAUGGCUUUCACCUUCUGGCGAAUUUGCCUUGGGAUUCCAACAACCUCAAGAAAACGAUAGCUUUUUGUUAUCGAUAUGGUAUGACAAAAUACCAGACAAGACUAUCAUUUGGUAUCCAAAAGAUGGUCCUAUGGUGCCCAGAGGAUCGAAAGCUGAGCUAACUGACAGUCGUGGGCUCGUACUCAGUGAUCCUCAAGGGACACAGGUUUGGAGUUCUGGGCCCAUUUUGGAUCUUGCAUACGGUUUGAUGAAUGAUACUGGCAACUUUCAGCUUGUUAGUAGUGAUUCUAGCACGAUAUGGGAGAGUUUUAAUCAGCCGGCAGAUACAAUGUUGCCAACUCAAGUUAUGGGGAUAGGUGGGGAGAUCAAUUCGAAAAUGAGCCAAACAAACUUCUCUGGUGGAAGAUAUCAGCUACGUCUGAUUCCAGAUGGGAAUCUUGUGCUUAAUACUAUUGACAUGUUUUCUGGUUCUGCUACUGAUGCAUACUAUGUAAGUGGUACAAAUGAUGCAUCAAACUCAACGAAUUCUGGUGAACGAUUAAUCUUUAAUGCGACAGGAUACUUGUACAUAUUGAGAAGAAAUGGCCAAAGAUUUGAUCUUACACCAACAGACGCGGUUCCUUCUGGAAAUUAUUAUCAUAGAGCUACUUUAGAUUCUGAUGGGCUGUUUACUCAGUACUAUUACCCCAAGAAUUCAACGGAUAAUACAAGCUGGAAAUAUACAUGGUUUUUGCCAAAAGAUAAAAUAUGUGAGAGUGGUUGUGGCCUAAACAGUCUUUGCAGCCUUGAUGGUAACCGGCCAAUAUGUGAAUGUCCACAAGGGUUUUCAUUGCGUGAUCCUAGUUAUCCCAAUGGCGACUGUGAGCCUGAUUUUUCUCCAAGCUGUGAUGCAGGUUAUGGGGAAGAGCAGUUUGAUUUAUUUGAGCUCGGUAAUAUUGAUUGGCCAGGAUCCGAUUAUUCGAGCAUGAACCCGAGUAAUGAAGAAAGCUGCAAAAGUUCAUGCUUGAAAGAUUGUUUUUGUGCUGUUGCAAUUUAUAAGGACAGCCAAUGUUGGAAGAAGCGGCUUCCACUUUCCAAUGGAAGGAAGGAUCCUUCAAGAGUUGUGAAGGCCUUCUUGAAGUUUAGAAAAGGUACUGGUCAACCUCCUGGAAUCUCUCCUGUGUUUCCAAGAGAAAGUAAAAGUCGGAGAAGUUUAAUUAUUAUCGGAAAAGCUUUGUUAAGCACAUCUGUGUUUGUAAACGCAGUGUUGAUUGCUGUGAUUUGUUUUGGUUUUUUUCAAAUCUGCAAGUUGAAAUCCAGAACUACAUAUCCAGGUAGUAGUAAAGCUGUUGAAACCACUCUGCCACGUUUUACGUACCAAGAGCUUGUCAUUGCUACUGAUGGCUUCAAAGAUGUACUGGGAAAGGGGGCCUUUGGGGUAGUCUAUAAGGGGGUAAUAGAGACAAAGCCCGUGGCAGUGAAGAAGUUGGAUACUGUGGAACAACAUGCUCAAAAGGAAUUCAAAAUUGAGGUCAACUCUAUUGCAAGGACUCAUCACAAAAAUUUGGUGCAGAUCCUUGGCUAUUGUGAUGAUGGCGAUCAACGAUUGUUGAUUUAUGAGUACAUGAGUAAUGGCACUUUGGCAUUCUAUCUUUUUGGAGACGUGCGACCUUGUUGGAAACAGAGGAGUAGCAUUGUUGUAGGCAUCGCCAGAGGACUCUCGUACCUCCAUGAAGAGUGUAGCGCCCAGAUCAUCCACUGUGACAUAAAGCCUCAGAAUAUACUUCUUGAUGACUGCUACAAUCCAAAGAUUGCCGACUUUGGAUUGGCAAAACUUUUGAAGAUCAAUGAAAGUCGAACCCAUACUGGAAUAAGAGGAACAAAAGGAUAUCUUGCUCCUGAAUGGUUUAGGAACACCCCGGUCACAGUAAAUGUUGAUGUAUAUAGCUUUGGAGUCUUGCUACUAGAGAUCAUUUCAUGCCGAAAAAGUGUUGUUUUUGAGAAUGAUAACGAAGAUAUGGAAGUUUUAACCGAUUUGGCAUGGGACUGCUAUCAUGAAGGCAGACUUGAUGAAUUUGUUAAGAACGAUUUGGAGGCUUUAAAUGACUACAAGAAGCUGGUAACAUUUUUGAUGGUUGGUCUUUGGUGUGUCCAAGAAGACCCAUCUUCGAGACCAGCCAUGAGGAAGGUCAUUCAGAUGCUUGAAGGAGAAGUCGGAGUGAACGAACCUCCAUGCCCAAGCCCGUUUUCUGUUACAUACUGAUAUCCUGCAUUAUUACUUUUUUUUUCUAGGUAAAAUGUACUAUUACUAUUUCUAAAGUAAGUUUCAGUCCUAGUUGAAUUGUAAUCCAUCUAUAAAUAAAGGUUGUAGUUUAGUGUUUACCAUUUGAGUUAUGUAAUUUUAUUAUCAAGUGUAUUGAGUUAUGUAAUUUUAGUACUGUUUGCUAUUGUAAUUUA